AUGCCUCGCGCACUGCCCUGGACGAAACUCGCUGUCGGCAUGAACCAGGAAGACAUCGACCUACUUCUGGAGUCAUUCAAGAUCUUCAAAAUUGCUAAGAGUGACCAUGUUCCAUGCACUAUCUGCACCAACGCGGUACCCCACAACAUCAAAAAGCGCCUGUUACGUUGCGCGUGCAGCGAGUGUACGGCUGCAAUGCCGUAUGCUCGCUGCGAGUGGCGCGGCAAGCUGCUUAAGUGCGAGCAACAAGAUCCGUUGGACCUCUUCUAG